AUGGUAUCCAAAUCGCCACGCGGACCAAACUGGAGUUGCAAGAGGGUAUUCGGUACACCCGUCAAUGAUGUACCAAAACUUACGGAACUGCGCAAACGGCUUGGUUGCUCGAGUGCGGGCCGUCGGCUGGAUGCGCAUUUGUACACCAUCAUCUGCGAAUACUCGUCCAAGUUCACAUCCAGCAAUGGUCUCACCGGCCACGAGCUUAGCAAAUGGACAGACGAAACUCAUCAAGCGGCCUUGCUUGAGAUCUCAAGUCAGUUCCUUAAACGAGACGGCAAUGGGCCGCGUUUCUGGCCUAGUGAUCCGGCAUCCCCAGAAUACCGUCGGCUUCAAUACUCUAAAUCUGCAGAUGCUGGUCUCAUAAAGCGACACAUAACGCAACUAUUUUGGAGACUCGGUCAGCAGAAUCCCAAACCUCGACCUCAGACCGUCGGCAAUCGCUCGGACCAAACCGCUGCAGGACAGAAUAAUAUCCAGACAACUCUCGAGAGAGGCCAGAGCCCCGAAAACCCCAUUUAUCUUGACGAGCCAUCACUUUUUGUGUCCCCCUCUCCGGCCUUUUCUCCAAUCAUCGCUCCUAGAGCCACAGCAUCGACCGCCGCCCAUCCGCAGCCCACACCUCUCUCGUUGCAAACAUUCUCCGAGGCCCCGAUCGACGAUUUACACAUGCGAGGUGAACAGGAAGGACCAACCACAGUGGGAAGCAAUGCAAGGAGUCGGCCCAUGGCACCAUUGGCACCCAUGACAGAGGAUCUACUUGAUGGGCCAUUCGCUUCAGGCAUAGCCACUACUGGUGCGCAGAGUCGGCGCAACGGUAAACGCCCUGUCACUCAACUCGAAAGUGGCCAUGAGACUUCUCAAGCAAAACGACCAAGACAGCAACAGUGCGGCCCUCAGAUCUCCAGGGAUAAUCAUGAUGAUGUCGACCCAUUUGCCGAUUUUCCCACCAGCUCAUUGUUCUCCCCGUCGCGUCCCCGGAGGCCGCCUCAACGUGAUGGCUAUGUUACUGGAGAGGCGUUUCUGAGAGCCACUUCCAUCGAUGUCGAGUCUGCCGAUGAGCAGUGCGCAGAUGAUGGCUCUAGCCCGGGAUCUCACCUUCCCACUCCUCCGCCUGGUACCCGAAGGCAGGAUACUGUCGGUACUGUAGGCAGACCGGAUGGAGGUUGUUUCGGUGAAGACAUUGUGUCGUCAAUUGAGCGUCCAGAAGAGAGACCCUCGGCAGCUCCAACAGCUCCCCAGGAGCGUGAUCAAGAACCACUGGGUGCGCUCACUCCCGAACCUGAGGCCGACGAAGUUCUGCCGCCACUGUCGCAGGAAGUCCCAGAACCGAGGCCAGAGUCUGGCCGUGAGCGCGAUCUGGCAGUCGAGUCAGAUUCUUCUCCGAAGAAUGUACCUCAGAAUGCUCCUUGCAAAGCCCUGGAGCCCGCAGCAGAGCAUAGGAUCGAUCCUGGCGUCAACUCUCGCCCCUCCAGGCAAGGACAGAGCCAACUUCCAAAAACCAGCUUCACAUACAGCGUAAUGGUUUCGCGAGGUCUCAACCGGACCUUGAACAUUCAGGGCGGGUUUAAGCAAAACUCGCUGAAAGAUCUCUUGGAGAAAUUACCCAUACGAGAUAUAUAUUUCGGUUUAGAUUUCGUCUUGAGGACUCCAAAAACACGGUAUGUGGAUUAUGUCCUCCUUGGAGAGGAGCAAAAGUUUAAGGCUCUCAAGGAACGGUUCCGGGGGAAGGUCCAAGAAGCCGUCAAGGACAUGUACAAGGACAGGCCCCUGGAAUUUGAGAUAUCCAUUGAGCCACGCUGGGUUGAGGAUGACGAUGUCGAAGAUGCUCUUGACUUUUGA